AGACCAAUGAAAUGGGGAAAGAGUCUUGAGCGCAGCCAACGAGAUUGACGUAAUGGACGCGUCAAAUGAAUCUCCGCACACUUGAGCCUUCGGGAUGGACAAAUUUUCCCUUAUGGGACAAAAAUCACUUCAGUACCUUUGCCCAAACUCGCCGUCUUCGAUCAUCUUACCAGAAAUGAAAGGGUAGAGCUAAAGGAAAAACGCACAGAAAAACCAUUUUCCUCAUCUCAUGUGCAGAGGGGAGAGACCGCACUUUUCGGCCAUUCUUAACUGCUAAAGGACAACAUCUCACACCAAAGGCAAUGGAUCAAACAUAUGGAGAAGUAAAUCAGCUUGGCGGGGUAUUUGUCAACGGACGACCGCUUCCAAAUUCGAUUCGGAUCAGAAUCGUGGAAUUAGCUCAACUUGGAAUACGACCGUGUGACAUCAGUAGACAGCUUCGAGUCUCUCAUGGCUGUGUGAGCAAGAUACUGGCGAGAUACAACGAGACGGGUUCGAUACUGCCCGGUGCCAUAGGAGGAAGUAAACCCCGGGUCACAACACCCAACGUGGUGAAAAGCAUAAGGGAUUACAAACAAGGAGACCCUGGAAUAUUUGCUUGGGAGAUCAGGGACAGGCUUCUUGCAGAUGCAGUGUGUGAUAAGUAUAACGUUCCUUCGGUUAGCUCCAUAAGCCGUAUUUUACGCAACAAAAUAGGAAAUCUUUCCCAGCCGGGCCAGUAUGAGAACAGCAAGCCAAUCCAUCCUCAGCUGUCCUACAACCACAUGUACCCGUACUCAUACCCCAGCGCAAUGUCACCCACUGGGACUAAAAUUGGCAGUGGUCCCGGUAUACCGGUCACGCCGGGCCAUGUCAGCCUCUCCCGCCAUGGUUGGCCUUCCGUGCACACAGUCAGCAACAUUUUGGGCAUCCGAGCCUUCAUGGACCCUGCAGCCAUCGCUGGAGCUGAGGGGUACCCAUCAAAAAUGGAGGAGUGGGCGAGCGUAAACCGAGCGCCCUUUUCCUCUGCCCAUGGUGUCAACGGAAUAGAGAAAUCCUCCCUAGAAGCAGACAUCAAGUUUCCUCAGUCUUCUUCAAACCUAUCGAGUUAUGUCCCUGCUUGUGCCUACUCUCCCCCAAACCAAUACGGGGUGUAUGGUGGACCAACAGGUAACUAUAUGACAACUGGACACCACUGGCAGUCUCAAAGCACGAGUCUUGCCCACCCCAACAGCGAAGCAACGAUGCAAGGUGGAGACCUCCACAUGGCGAUGUCCUUCAAACACUCAGCACGAGAAGGAGACAGAAAACCUCCCAGUCCCUUGAGCAAGCACCAGCACGAGGCGUUGAGCGUACACGGACUAUCUCUCCCGACCUCCGCUUCAUAACCCAACGAAACCAACGGACCGUCAAGAUCACAGGGCAAUGUAGCCUAAAGAAAAUGCGUAAAAUUAAAAGAUUUCCCCAAAAAUGUAUAAUCCACUAGUAAGUGACGAACCUACAUUUUCAACAUCAUUCCGUGUAACUGCAUUGCAUGCCAAUAGGCUAAAAAAACUAAAAUAAUCGAAUUUCGACAUGAAUGAUGAUACAGUCUUGUUCACCUGCACCAAUAAAGCGGUGUUGUGUUGAUCAGAACAUCAUUAUUAUAUAUUUAAAAUUCCACUCAUUCUAAAGUCAUCCCAAUCGAAACAGUGUAAAACGAAUUAUGUAGCCAGCCUAACAGUCUUGACAGGUCCAAAGCAUUGUUUCCCACAACAGAUGAUAACCCUGCAUGCUCUCUGGGUUCAAACAAACGUGAACAAUCUUUAUUUGUUGGGCCUGUGUCCUAAAAGGGACAUUUCAAAAAUGUUAGCAAUAUCAUGUCGGCCUAUUUGUAAUUUUGUAAAUUAUAUCUGCAGAAGCUGUAUUAUAUAUUUUUUAUAGCCUAACUGUGCUUAAUAAAGGCAUGCUAAACGGGAAA